AUGCAGUCGACCUCAUCAGCUCCAUUGCCCAAGUGCUCUUACCCUCUCCCAAACCACUUCCACUUCCACCAUCGACAUCCUAAGAAAAAACUCAACUUCCUAACCCUACCCCAAAAAACCCAAACCCACUUCACAAACCACUGUGCCCUUUACAUCUCUCACACAAACAGUUGCAGCAAAGAGCACCAAAACAAAACCCAGAAGCACAACAGCAGCAAUCCCGACCCUUAUCAGAACGAUGCAUUAUUUCUACAACUGAACUCCUCCUCUGGCACCGAAAGCUCCAAUAAUCAAAGCCCAGAAGCCCCUAGCCGAGAACAAGGACAAGAUCAAAGAGAGAGCGAAGACGAUUAUCCCAAGGGACUUUCCACAAACAUGUGGUGGGCAGACGUGAAAGGAGCGUUGGGACAAAGGUUCAACUUUGGAGCCAUUGCUCGUUCAGCCAGGGUACUCACAAAAGACAAGCACUUGGCACUGCCUCACGUCUCUGUGCCUGAUAUAAGGUACAUUGAUUGGCCUGAGUUGCAUAGAAGGGGCUUCAAGGGUGUUGUGUUUGACAAGGAUAACACUUUAACUGUGCCUUAUUCUUUGACGCUCUGGGGUCUUCUUGGGUCUUCAUUGGAGCAGUGUAAAUCUGUUUUCGGACCCGAUAUUGCGGUGUUCAGUAACUCGGCUGGGCUUUAUGAGUAUGACCAUGAUGGUUCAAAAGCUAGGGAGCUUGAAGGGGCUAUUGGAAUAAAAGUCAUAAGGCAUAAAGUGAAGAAACCAGCUGGAACAGCUGAAGAGAUCGAGAAGCAUUUUGGUUGUAAAGCAUCACACCUUAUUAUGGUGGGUGAUCGGCCCUUAACUGAUAUCGUUUAUGGGAAUCAAAAUGGCUUUCUGACUAUUUUAACUGAACCGUUGAGUCUUGCCGAGGAGCCAUUCAUUGUUAGGCAGGUGAGGAAACUAGAAACAUCCCUUGUGAACCGUUGGUUUAGGAAAGGGUUAAAGCCCACCAGUCAUAGGCUGUUGCCAGACGGUACGCAGUGUGUGAAACAUCCACCACCCCUAUAA